UUUGGAAGUUACGUCAGGUUGUCAAAUGUGCAGCCUUUUGGUGGGAAAAUGUGGACACCCUUUCGCUCGUUUUACGUUAAAUUAAGCGUGUUAACACGAACAUUCAGUAGUUUACUUUGCUGACAAAGAAACGGGUAUUUGUCAAGCAUACAGCAGUGUAAACAUUUUGUGCGCAGCAGUCAUUUAAAUACAACGAAUUACCAAACGAAUGAGGAAAAGUUCACUAUCUAUUGUUUGCUAGCAUGCUAUCAGCUUAGUCAACAGCUUGUUUAACGCAGACUAACGAGAGAAGUACAGCCACUAAACGAAAUCUGGUUUCGUUUUAUGUGUCUUGAACCUGAUACGGAUUCGCUAGAUCUUUAAAGCGCUCGGUUGACGGUUUUUAUGGUUAAGUAAGUUUGAACUUGUCAAAAUAUGCCAGAAAUCCAACUGAAACAUGUCGUGUCCUGCAGCUCAGAGGACAGUACGCAUAAAGCAGACAAUCUCCUGAGCUCAGACACCUACAGAAAGUGGAAAGCAGCAAGACCCGGAGAGAAACAGACAUCAGUCAUUCUGCAGUUUGAGAAGGAGGAGCAGGUGCACAGCAUUGAUAUCGGAAAUGAAGGAUCGGCUUUCAUCGAGGUGUUGGUGGGAAAUUCUUCAGCUGUCAGAGACCAGGACUAUGAGGUCCUUCUUGUCACUUCGUCCUUCAUGUCCCCCACUGAGAGCCGCAAUGGCACCAACCUGAACCGCGUACGCUUCUUUGGUCCCAACCAGCUGCAGAAGAGCACAGCCCAGGAGAAAUGGGACAGAGUGAAACUUGUCUGCAGCCAGCCAUACAGCAAGAGCAUCGCCUACGGGAUUGCCUUUGUGAAGUUCCACUCACCACCCGACAAAAACGAUCCUCCAACAUCGUCUCCAAAACUAACAAAGCUGGGACAGUUCAAGGUGAAGGACGAGUCUCCGCCAUCCGGGUCCAGCAUUCAACCCGGCAGUCUCUUCUUCAGCCGAGACAAGGCAGCCAAGCCCAGCACUUCCCUUAAAGCAACUCCUCAGAGUGACAAGUUGAGCUACGCUGCAGCAGCUCUGCAGACAGGAGGCAGCAGCUCUCACUCAUCGGGUCAAGCGCCCUCCUCCAGCUCUGCCUCACCGCAGCCACCACCAGCAAAAAGAAAAUUUGAGUUCAGCAAAGAGCGACAGUCUGCCCCCGGCCCUUCCUCGAAGAAAACAAGUCCUGCUGGGUCACCCGAGACCAAAGCCGCCACCCCCAAGCACAAGCCGAGCCCUGUGAGCACUCCCAGCCCAAGCGCUGCUAAAGCUUCAUCAGGACACAAGUCUGCAGAGAAGAAGGAGAAGCAGCCUAAACCAGAGCCCAAGCCUAAGCAGACAACCAAAUCUAAGAACAAGCAGCAGGUUUCGUUCAAUCAGAUCAUGGAGGGGGUGGUGUUUGUCCUCAGCGGCUUCCAGAACCCGUUCAGAGGGCAGCUGAGGGACAUGGCUCUGGAGAUGGGAGCAAAGUAUCGACCCGACUGGACUCCUGACUCGACACACCUCAUCUGUGCUUUUGCCAACACCCCCAAGUACAGUCAGGUGAAAUCAGCAGGCGGCAUCAUCGUUCGGAAGGAAUGGGUGCUGGACUGUCACAAGAGGAAACAGAAAAUUUCAUAUAAACGGUAUUUGAUGGAUGGAGCUGAGUCGAGCUCGGAGAGCGAAAUGGAGGUGGAUGACCAGAGUGAAGAGGACAUAAAAACAAAGACUCCACAGAAGCAGCAGACUCCUAAAAAGACACCAAUAAAGAAGGAUGAAGAUGAUGAGUAUGGUGGCUCGACUGAUGUGGACGAACCAGGAGGUGAUGAUGAUGAUUCUGCGUUGGACACAGAGGAUGAGCUGCAGAGGGUUUUGGAAAGCCGUCAGAAGAAGGUUCCCGGAGAGAAAACGCCAGUUAAAGAGGAGGAUCCGUACGGAGGAUCGACAGAUGAAAACACGGAUGCUGAAGCCGAGGUGGAUCAUCCCAUCCCAGAGCUACCAGAUUUUCUACGCGGGAAGCACUUUUUCCUCUACGGUAAAUUCCCGAACAACGAAAGGCGGCUUCUGCUUCGGUACAUCGUUGCCUUUAAUGGAGUGAUUGAGGAGUACAUGUCGGAUAAAGUGCAGUUUGUUGUGACCAGUGAAGGAUGGCACGAGUCUUUUGAAGAUGCGCUGAAGGAGAACAGCAAUCUGCACUUUGUCAAACCAGCAUGGAUUUAUGCAAUCAAUGAGCGACAGAAGAUGCUGCCUUAUCAACAUUACAUGGUUGUGCCCCUGUAAUAAUAAUGAAAAUGGAUUGAGAGGCAGAUGGAAAAGCCAUAGCUGUUUGUGUAUUUUUAAAGUUCAUUCGUCUCACUUCAAGGAAGCAAUAAACAUUGUCUGUUUA